AUGGGACCCAAGAACAAGCCCAAGACAUCGAGCGCCAGCUCGUUUAGUCUCUUGAGUUUCUUCCAGCGCAACAACAACAACAACGCCCCGGGCGCCUCCACUUUCAACAGCAACAAUGUCCCAUUGUCACCAUCCUCGUCUUCCACCAGUCACGCUCUUACCUCAACGUCGUCUCCCAGGAGGAGCACAUGGAAGGGAAAAGACAAGGCCAAGGAUGGAGGUUCGUUGGACGACCCAGUGGUGAUUAGCGACGAUGACGACGACGGCGCUCCGAGGAAGCGGAGGAAGGUGAACGGACACGAGGAGGGUUCGAGCUCAACACGCGUCAACGGUCCUAGCUCCAAGACACAAAGGCGAGACUCACAAGACAACGGUUAUGGCCACCUCGGCUCUGAUUCGGACGAGGAGAUCCAAGCUCUCGAUACCAUACCUUCCCCCGUCCACCAAGCCAAGGGCGAGCCAGCCGGGGGCGAUGGUGAGGACGAGGUGGGCGACUCGCUGGCGGUGUGUCUGGUAUGCAACGCUUCACUGCGUGGUAUGUCCUCGAUGGCGGUACAAGAGCACGUCAAUGCGUGUCUCGACUCGGACGCAGGCUCGUCUCGAACCACGCCUCGACCUCCGGCACCACCACGACCCAUAACGUCCAUCACGCAUUCCCUCUCUCGACCUUCCAGUCCGCCGCCACCGACUGGGGGCGCUCCCAAUGCGUUCUCGGUCCUCAUGAACGGCCACAAGGAGAAGGAGAUGUGGAAGGACGCUGAGAGCACCGAGAAGCGCGAUGGAAGGCGGAACGGGCCACGCAAGGCGCCGUUCUACAAGAUACUUACCGGUAUGCCCAUUGCGGUCGACGCGUUCUGUUACGGCGCGAUUCCAAAGGUCACGGCCUACUUCCUCACUCACGCACAUUCGGACCACUACACCAGCAUGAACAAGGGCUGGAGACAUGGGCCCAUUUACUGUUCCCAUACCACGGCAAACCUGAUUAUCCACAUGUUGGGAGUAGACCCGCAAUGGGUGCAUGGUCUACCCGACGACGAGCCAUGUGUCAUUCCGGAUACGGGUGGCGUCAGUGUCACUCUGCUUGAAGCUAAUCACUGCCCUGGCUCUUCCUUGUUUCUCUUUGAAGGCCCCCAGACCGUGAACGCAGGAGACUCUUCGUUCAAGAGCCCAUUCGUGGGGAGUAACAGGGUGUUCCGGUAUCUGCACUGCGGUGACUUUCGAGCAUGCCCGAAACACGUCCUCCAUCCUGCGGUUGCCCGAGAACGAGUCGACACCGUGUACCUUGACACCACCUACCUUAACCCGCAAUACUGUUUCCCGCCGCAACCGCUGGUCAUCGAGGCGUGCGCCGCACUGGCCAGACGAGCCGCGCUCGGCGCCGACUUGCCUACGGAGGUCAAGCCCGAGGACGAGGACGCAGACAUGGUGGACAAUCCCAACGACGCAGAGGAUAUCAAGCCGGACAUUGAUGAGCUGGGGGAGGUGGUGAUGCCGCUGCGUACAACCGAUGACGUCAAGCCAGAUAUCAAACCCGACAUCAAACCAGACUUUACGCCUCACCCAGCCGAGGUGGCCUUUGCGGCCCAAGAACGGUCUGCGCAGAUGAUGGAAGGGUGGCUGGUCAAGAAGGAAUCGAGCGAGGAGGGUCAAGAGGAUGUCAAACCGACCGGACGGACGGUCGUUCUCAUUGGCACGUACUCGAUUGGCAAGGAGAGGAUUGUAAAGGGCGUCGCUCGUGCCCUCGGCUCUCGUAUCUACUGCGACCCUCGGAAACGUGCUAUCCUCAUGUGCCAAGAUGACAAGGAACUACAUGAGAUGUUGGAUGAUGAUCCUAUGAACUGCCAAGUCCACCUGGUCUCGCUCAACAACAUUUCGCUGGAACGCCUGCAGCCGUACCUCGAGGCGCUCAAGCCCCACUUUGACCGUGUACUGGCCUUCCGUCCAACAGGAUGGACAUAUCGUCCUCCAGCAGGUACCAAUACCUUGCCCGACGUCAACUUUGUCAUCCGCCGUGACCAGGGCCGCGGCUUCAGUGAUAUCUCACUGAAGCCUAUCCGCGGCAGCUCGAGGCAGUUUAUGAUGUUCGGUGUUCCAUAUUCGGAGCAUUCGAGCUUCUUCGAGCUCACAUGCUUUGCUCUGUCUGUGCCAGGUACCGACGUCAAGAUCAUUGCCACGGUCAAUGUACACACCGAGCAGAGCCGCAUGAAGAUGCGCAAAUGGUUUGAAAAGUGGGCCGCGGAAAAGUCCAAACGCAAGGAGCGUGGAGAGCCUGCUAUUGUGGAAUACCGUGACGAGACCUACUGGUAG